CGGAAGUGGUGGCAGAUGGGUGUGGUGGGCGCUGCGCUCCUCAUGGAGCCGCCGGACGGGCCCCGCUGAUGGCCGAGCCCCCGCUCGCCGUGCGGAGGAGGAGCCGCCUAGGCUCCGCUCCCAAACGGAGCCGGCCCCCGGCGGGGCCCAGCGCCACCUGCUCGCCGCUGGAUCUCAAGAGAGCGAACACCGGGGGUGAGGGGGCCCCAGCGCAGAGGCCGUAUUGCAAUGAUAGUGAAGAGGAUAUGUUUGGAGACUACAACAGCUUUUGUGAAGAUGAUUCUCUGCUGGCUCAAGUUCUUGACACGGAGCACACACGUCCACAGGAUGCAGAGACAGACGUGAAAGCAGCUGGAGAGUUCGUACUUGAGGGUCUUCCAUCAGGAAUUGACCAAAGAAAGCAAGAUAAUUCUUCCGCUUCAGAAAUAGGUGUCAUAUGUGGAGGGGAUACGGAGCAUGGCUUCCAAACGCCUGAAAGUGACCCAUUGGAUAACAAAGAGGACCUGGGUGAUUCUCUUUUAGAUGAAUUGCCUUCAUCGCAACUUUUGUAUUUUGCAGAAAUGCAUCAGCCUUCUACUGGUUCUGAGAGAUCUGCAGGCACAAAAAAGAUGGACGUGAGCAAGUGUUCCUCCUUAGACAAAAUCUGGAGGGCAUCAUCUCCUUGUCCUGAUUCUGAACACAAGAACAGAAGUACAGAGUUUUCUCGUGAUUUGAAGUCCGAUUCAUGUAAAAAUACGAGCCUUAAGGAUCAUCUAAAAAAUGCUUUGACUGAAAAUGCUAAAGCUCAGACUCUGAAGGUCUCAAAAACCAAGCAGCUUAAAGAAGCUAUUUUAUCUGAAGAGAUUUGUGUAGCUAGGAAAGCUAUUGGAUCAUCUUCUGUCGAUAUAGGCCCUUUUUAUGGAUUACCCAGUAAAGUUAAAGAUCUCUUCUGGCAGCUUCGGGGGAUUGAAACACUUUAUGAAUGGCAGCAUGAUUGCUUAACAUUAGAAUGUCUACAGCAGAGGAAGAAUUUGAUAUACUCGUUGCCAACCAGUGGUGGAAAAACACUUGUUGCUGAAAUUUUAAUUCUCCAAGAAUUACUCUGCAUGCAGAAGGAUGUUCUGAUGAUCCUGCCAUAUGUUGCCAUUGUCCAAGAAAAGGUUUGGGGCUUAUCAAACUUCGGGAUAGAAUUAGGUUUCCUGGUUGAAGAAUACGCAGGAAGUAAAGGACGAUUUCCACCCAUCAAGAGAAGAUGUAAAAAGUCCCUCUAUAUUGCUACAAUAGAAAAAGGGCAUAUGCUAGUGAAUUCCUUGAUUGAAACAGAUCGAAUUGGUGACCUUGGUCUUGUUGUGGUGGAUGAGUUGCAUAUGCUUGGUGAGGGAAGUCGUGGAGCAACUCUGGAAAUGACUCUUGCAAAAAUACUCUACACAAGUAAAAGCACACACAUUGUUGGAAUGAGUGCGACUUUAAAUAAUGUUGGAGACCUCCAAAAGUUCCUGCAAGCGGAGUACUACACUAAAAAUUUUAGACCGGUAGAAUUAAAGGAAUACAUAAAGAUCAGAGACACAAUUUAUGAAGUAGACAGCAAAGCAGAAAAUGGCUUUACUUUUUCACGUCUCCUGAAUUUCAAGUAUUCUAGUAGUCUGAAGAAAGCAGAUCCUGACCACAUCAUUGCACUGGUCACUGAAGUUAUUCCAAAAUAUUCCUGCCUAAUCUUUUGUCCGACUAAAAAGAACUGUGAAAAUGUGGCUUCAAUGGUGUGCAAGUACCUGAACAAAGAAUUUAGAUCUCACAGGGAGAAGGAGAAACAAGACCUCAUUAAGGACCUAAAGAACAUUGGGAAUGGAAGUAUCUGUCCUGUUUUGAAGCAAACAAUACCUUUUGGUGUUGCCUAUCACCAUAGUGGACUUACAAAUGAUGAAAGAAAGAGUAUAGAGGAAGCAUAUUCUAGAGGUGUCCUGUGUCUUCUUGCUUGCACAGCUACAUUAGCUGCUGGAGUCAACUUGCCAGCUAGAAGGGUUAUUUUGAGAGCCCCUUAUGUUGCUAAUGAUUUCCUGAAGAAGAACCAAUACAAACAAAUGAUUGGCAGGGCUGGUCGAGCUGGUAUUGACAACGCUGGUGAAAGUAUUCUCAUAGUGCAGGAAAAAGACAAGCAUUUGGUUCAAGAUUUAGUUACCAGUCCUUUGGAGAACUGUUACAGCAAUCUUCUACCGGAGUUCACCAAGGGAAUGCAGAACCUGUUGUUAUCUUUGGUUGGAUUGAGGAUUGCAGUUACCCAAGAGGAAGUGUACAAUUUUUUGUGCCAUACAUUGCUGGGUGUUCAGCAGCAGCUGCUGUCUAAGGAGAAGAGCCUCUCAGAGCUGGUUAAAGAUGGGCUAGAAAGUCUAAUAGAAAAAGGACUCCUAACAGUAAAAAUAAUGGAGAAGGACCAAAAUUCCAAAAUUACAUUAGCAAUCACACGGUUGGGUAAAGCUGCAUAUAAAGGGUCUAUAGACUUGUCGUACUGCAAUCUUCUUUACAAAGAAUUGAAGAAAGGUUUGGAAGGGCUGGUUCUUGAGAGCAGUCUUCAUCUUCUCUAUCUGGCAACUCCAUAUGAUAUGGUUUCUAACUGUAGUCCAAAUUGGAUGAUAUACUUGAGACAGUUCAAUCAGCUAAGUGCAGCAGAGCAAACAGUAGCAGAUAUGGUGGGAGUACCUGAAAGCUUUAUCGCAAAAAAGGCUUCUGGUCAAGCCAUCAGAAAGAAUGUGGACAGUGCUUCUGUAAACAGGCUCUACCUGACAUUUAUCCUAUAUACCCUACUGAAAGAGACCAACAUAUGGAGCGUUUCAGAAAAAUUUAAUCUGUCCCGAGGGUAUGUUCAGAAUCUCCUUACCUCUGCUGCCUCGUUUGCUUCUUGUGUUCUACAUUUCUGUGAGGAACUGGAGGAAUUUUGGGUUUACAAAGCCCUGCUGACAGAACUUACCAAGCACUUGACGUACUGCGUUAAGACAGAACUCAUUCCGCUGAUGGAGGUAGCAGGGGUUCUAGAGGCACGAGCUAAUCAGCUUUAUAAUGCAGGGUACAAAACCUUAGCACACUUAGCAAAUGCAAAUCCAGAAACCCUGGUGAAGACGAUUGAGCAUUUGUCACGACGUCAAGCCAAGCAAAUUGUUUCAUCUGCAAAGAUGCUGCUGACUGAGAAAGCUGAGGCUUUACAAGAAGAAGUAGAACUCCUCUUAAAGGUGCCUACAGAUAUCCCAGGGACUUCCUGACCAGUUCAGUCAUAAAAAAAAAAAAAAAAAAUCAUGAAUUCAAAUGUUUAAAUGUUUUAGCUUUUAGCUUUGUCCUGUGUAAAUGUACUGUAAAUAUAAUAAAUAUUUAAUGUCUUUUGUGUACGUCAUAUUUGUGUGCAUUUUGAAUUAAAAAUAUUUUUUGCGAA